AUGGAUGUUGUUGUAUCUGAGAUGGCUGGUGCUGAUGCGGCUAAUCGUGGAAGGCCUUUAAUUGAGGUCAUUGAUGAGGGUGAGGCUGCUGACCUCAGUUCUGAUGGAAUAGAGUCUUUCGAGGACUUUCUUUCCUCUUCAUCACUCACCACCCUCUUCUCGGAGGAUGCCUCUAAACCGCUUGUGACGGAUCCUCCAGUUGACUUCUCUGAUGCUACGGAUGAGAGCGACGUUCGCUCUUAGGAUGCGUCCUGUCCCCCCUCCUUCUGGCCAAGUUGGAGCUCGCUAUGAGGGGCACAGUCUUUGCGUUAAAGCUAAAGGUUUGCGUGGGACUACUGGUGUCCGUCAGUCCCCGCUUCUGAAGCCUCUGUCUGGCAGGUACGCUCUGUCGCAGGUUGUUGCAAGCAAACCAAGUCUUCAUCGAAGUGCUUCCCUUGUGGAGCUUGAUCUGUAGUUUUCUUCCCUAACAGCUGCAUUCAAUUUUUUGACUCUCAAUGUUAAUGGGAUCCGUGAUCCCAUUAAGCAUGCUGGUUUAUUGCAGUGGCUGAGCCACUUGUCAUGUGAUUUCGUCUGUCUCCAAGAGACUCAUCUUACUGAUGCUGCUGAGGCCACCUCGUGGUUCUCCUCUUCUGGGUUUCUGGCUUUUACGGCCCCGGGAACUGCUCACUCCCGCAGCCAGGUCCUUCUAUAUCGUCCUAACUUUUCUAUUGUCAACUCUUCGGUUGAACGUGAAGGACGCUUUCUGAUGGCAGAGUUCUGUAGGAGGGAUAGAGUGAUUCGGGUUGCAUCAGUCUAUGCACCUGACCGGAACCCUGAGGGCGAUGAAUUUUUCACUUCAUGA